AGACUCGUUUCGGAGUUGCAGGAGAUGGCGGCUUUGCAAACUGAUCCACGGGCCUCCAACACCCUAAUCCUCGAGUCCGCGACACGGGCUUCCCCGAGGCGGCCGCCGGCCCGGAUCCGCUGCUCCGCCGCCCCCUCUCCGCCCCGGAGCUACCGCAUCACCCUCCUCCCCGGCGACGGCAUCGGUCGAGAGGUCGUCUCCGUCGCCAAGGACGUGCUCUCCCUCGCCGGAUCUUUCGAAGGCAUCGAAUUCCGUUUCCGGGAGGUGCCUAUUGGCGGCUCUGCUCUGGAUUCGGUUGGCGUCCCGCUUCCGGAGGAAACCCUGACGGCUGCCAAGGAAUCCGACGCUGUCCUUCUAGGAGCUAUAGGAGGGUACAAGUGGGAUGCUAAUGAGAAGCAUCUGAAGCCUGAGACUGGGUUACUUCAGCUUCGAGCAGGACUAGGUGUUUUUGCAAACUUGAGGCCAGCUACCGUUUUGUCGCAGCUAGUUGACUCAUCAACUUUGAAGAAAGAGGUGGCUGAAGGAGUUGACAUAAUGGUUGUUAGAGAACUUACCGGAGGAAUUUAUUUUGGAAAUCCUAGAGGCUUUGGAUACAAUGAGAGAGGUGAAGAUAUUGGUUUCAACACUGAAAUCUAUUCUGUCCCUGAGAUCGACAGAAUUGCACGAGUAGCAUUUGAAGUUGCUCGAAAACGACGUGGAAAAUUAUGCUCUGUGGACAAAGCAAAUGUUUUGGAGGCUUCGAUGCUGUGGAGGAAGAGGGUUACUGCUUUGGCUUCUGAAUUCCCAGAUAUCGAAAUCUCCCACAUGUAUGUGGACAAUGCUGCAAUGCAACUUAUUAGGAACCCAAAGCAGUUCGAUACGAUCGUGACAAACAAUAUAUUUGGAGAUAUUUUGUCAGAUGAAGCAUCCAUGCUUACUGGAAGCAUUGGUAUGCUUCCAUCUGCGAGUAUUGCUGAAUCGGGUCCUGGGCUAUUUGAACCGAUCCAUGGCUCCGCUCCUGAUAUUGCUGGUCAGGAUAAAGCAAAUCCAUUAGCCACAGUUCUCAGUGCUGCCAUGCUCUUGCGAUACGGACUUGGUGAAGAGCAAGCCGCAAAGCGGAUCGAAGCUGCUGUUGCUAAUACUCUGAACAAAGGAUUCCGAACUGGUGAUAUUUUCUCAGAUGGAACGACAUUGGUUGGUUGCAAGAGAAUGGGUGAAGAAGUGCUCAAAUCAGUCGACACCCAGACAUCUGCCGUGCCUCUCCGCUGAUGAUGCAUGCUUAUGUUACCGUAGUAAAAGGCAGAAACAUUUUUAAAAAACCUAGAGAAGAGUUAACUUAAGCCUUUCUUUCUUCUUGUUAGAUUUCAAUACUUGUCGUUUCAUCAAAGGAGCAAAUUCUAUUAUUGUUUUACUUUUGUCGGGCAUUGACCGGAGUUUGAACCAACUGGAUGUUAUGCUAGAACAUACUGAUCCAUUUUAAUAUUAUGCAACCACGAAGCUUGUUAGAA